UAUGUAUGACGUUGCUUAUUGAAAUAUAAUUUUCAUCGUACACAUUUUUGACGCAUUUUAUAAUUUAAAUUGAAAUUCAAAAGUUUAUUUUUCUUUUUUGAGAAUUUAAAAUUUUAGUUAAUCAAAAUGAAAUUUUUUAUUUAUCUUCAUGUACUAAUAUUAACAAUUGUGUGCACACUAAAUUCAAAAGCAGAUGAUAUGUAUAGCCUUCCUGAAAAUUUGGAUUUACAAAUGGUGAACAUUCUUUUUAGACAUGGAGAUCGAACACCUGAAGUUGCUUAUGGCGAGACAUAUCCAAAAGAUCCGUAUAUAAACGAGACAUAUUAUCCAAUAGGUUAUGGAGCUUUGACAAACAAGGGGAAAUACAGAGCUUUUAAAUUAGGAAUGUUUCUACGAAAAAGAUAUAAUAAAUUUCUUGGUGAUAUUUAUAUUCCUCAAGAUGUGACUGCUAGAAGUACAAAUGUGGAAAGAACAAAAAUGACUUUACUUCUUGUUCUUGCUGCAUUGUUUCCGCCAUUAGAUUCAUCAGAAAAAUGGCAUUCAAAUUUAAAUUGGCAACCAAUACCAAUAACAUAUGAAGAAGGUGAAAAUUUCCUACAAACAUCUUCUGGAUGUCCCAAGUAUAGAAAAAUAUUACAAGAAAUACGAGAAUCAUCUACAGUAAUAGAAGAGUCAAAAAAAUUUAAAACACUAUGGGAUGAAUUGUCAAAGUUUACAGGAGAAAGUAUAACUAGAUCAAGUCAAGCACAUACACUUUACAAUACACUUAUUUCACAUGAGUCAAUGUCAUUUCAUCUUCCAAAUUGGGCUAAAAAAAUUUUAAUCGAUAAAGAAUUUCUAAAGUCUGUUGCACUCAGUGUUCAUACAAGAAAUUAUAAUGACACAUUAAAAAAAAUGAAUGCUGGGACACUUUUAAGAAAAAUGACAUAUGACAUGAUUUCAAAAAAAAUGGGAAAUUUAGAAAAAGGAAAAAAAAUUAAUCUUUAUAGUGCUCAUGAUUCGAAUGUGGCAUCACAUCUUCUUGCUCUUGGAGUAACAAAACCACAUCAACCUUAUUAUACCAGUUCAGUAAUUUUAGAAUUAUACUGCGAUAAUGAAAAAAACUAUUACGUACAGGUUGUACAUUACAAGGGACAUUCAGAAAAAAUAAAAAUUCUACAAAUACCAAAUUGUACUUCUAAUAAAUACAAUAUGUGUAAAUUCAAUGAUUAUUUGAAGUCAGUGGAAAAAGUAAUACCCACAGAAGAUGAAAUGAAAUGCACAUAGUUGUUAAAAAAUGUAUUUUUUUAAAUUAAACUUAAUUUAAAUAAAUUAAUCCUUUAUUAAUAUUUACACUAAAAUAUAUGAAAUAUUAACAAUAAAAAACUUGUAUUUAAUUUUUAAAGAGAUUCGAUAUUUAAAUAUUUUUAAGAUAUAAUAAAAAUCUCCUUGAAAAGUUU